AUGGCGCCAGAGUAUGUAAUGCACGGUAGGGUGUCGCCCAAGAUUGAUGUCUUCAGCUUCGGUGUGUUGGUCCUUGAGAUUGUGACCAGGAGAAGCAACUGCAGUUCUGAUGACCACAGCACUGUCAAUCUCCUUAGUGAUGUCUGGGAUCACUGGUCCAAAGGGACGAUGUUGCAAAUGCUUCACCCAUCGCUGGAUGAGGUUGCUCAAAGCCAGGCGCUACGAUGCAUCCACAUCGGUCUGCUGUGCGUCCAGUCGAAACCUGAGGACAGGCCUGACAUAUCAGUCGUGGUAUUCAUGUUAACCAGGGAUAGCAUGGGGCUCCAGCCGCCGUCACAGCCUGCAUUCUUCUUUGGUAGAGAAUCACCUUCAGCUUUAGGGUCAGAUGCUCGAAGCAGCUAUACAUACGAGCGGUCUGGUUUCAUAUUGGGACAGGGUAUCUCUGUGAAUGAGAUUACACUCAGUGAACUGUACCCUAGAUAG